AUGAAACCCAAUGGCACUUUUGCAGACAAACGUGCAAAGAAGAUUGUCGAACAAGUUGAGGACAUUGUUGUUUCACAACACUUUCACACUGAUGGUGAAUCUCGUUAUCACAAGGAUCUGAUUAAUCUAACUGGAGUUGUCAAUCUUAUGAGCCAGCAGCUGACGGCUCUAUGUGAAGCUAUAGUACUGACAGUGGCACCAAGACCUGGUGUCGAGCAGCCACCUAGUCUAUCUCAGCAGCUCCACACCCAACUUCUCCAACUGAAGCAGCAGCUACUGAUGCCUCUACUGACUCUUCUCCAUCCACGCAUUCCAACAGCAGCUAGCACAAUCUAG